CCCCCCCAUCGCGUGCUUCCCCCUCCUCGCCCAUCGCCAAACUAAAUGUCCCCUUUCAGCCCGGGGUGCCCGGCUCCCCCGGGCCCCCUCCGCCCCGGCUGCCCGGCGCCCAUUGGCCCGAGGCCGGGGCGCCGCCGGCAUCAUUCGGCGCUGCUUGCUCUUAAACCUCAGCCCCCUUCCCGCCGGCACCCUUCGGCACACCGCCGGGCCCCUCGGAGCCGGCCGGUGACAGGAGCCACCAUGUCUCAGGGUGCCGGGGGCAGCAGCAGCCUCCUCCUCCUCCUCGCCGGGCUCCUCUCGGCACUGGGGCCAUCCCCAGCAACCUCCAUCCAUGUGUACACGCAACGGGAGGUGCAUGGCACCGUCGGUUCCCACGUCACCCUCUCCUGCAGCUUCUGGUCCAGUGAGUGGAUCUCCGAGGACAUCUCCAUCACGUGGCACUUCCAAGCUGAGGGCUCCCGUGACAGCAUCUCCAUAUUCCACUAUGCCAAGGGCCAGCCCUACAUCGAUGAAGUGGGCAACUUCAAGGAGCGGAUGGAGUGGGUGGGUAACCCCCGCCGCAAGGACGGCUCCAUCGUCAUCCACAACCUGGACUACACUGACAACGGCACCUUCACCUGUGAUGUCAAGAACCCACCCGACAUCGUGGGCAAGUCCUCCCAGGUCACGCUCUAUGUCUUCGAGAAAGUGCCCACCCGCUACGGUGUUGUGCUGGGCUCCAUCAUUGGCGGGGCUCUGCUGCUGGUGGCCGUGGUGGUGGCCCUCGUCUAUCUCCUCCGCUACUGCUGGCUGCGGCGGCAGGUGGCCCUGCAGCGACGGCUGAGGUGA